AUGACCAAAGUUGCAGACAACGUUAACCCUCACAUAUACGAAAAGGAGUCUGAGCGCGAAAUAACGUUAGAAGAACAUGACGAAAACGUUGUAGAUGAAUUUGAUGAGAGAGAAAUUUUCGACUUGAUACGCAAUAUUAAUGAUCCCGAGCAUCCGCUUACUCUUGAGGAGCUUCGUGUGGUCGAAGAAAAAAACAUAUCCGUUGACAAUAAGGAAAACGUUGUUCACGUCAAUUUCACUCCGACUAUUCCUCAUUGUAGUAUGGCCACAUUAAUUGGUCUCUCAAUUCGGGUCCAGUUAUUACGAGCCCUACCAAGUCGUUUCAAAGUUACCGUCGAGGUGUCGGAAGGUACUCACGUGUCAGAACAUGCAGUAAACAAGCAGUUAGCUGAUAAGGAGCGAGUUGCAGCUGCAUUGGAGAAUAAUAAUCUUGUCCAGAUUAUCAACCAGUGUGUGGCCAUGUAA